AUGGUGGCUACUGAUCGGAUCGUACUGGGCGCAAUACCAAUUGCAAUCCGCAACGGCAAAGGCAGCGCCGAUGCCUUAUACCUCGAAGAUAAUAUGCCCGAUCCCGUCCCAUCCGGUGAUCAGAUCCUAGUAUGCAUCCGGGCAUUUGGAUUGAAUCGCUUGGACACGAUGCAGCGGGAAGAUCGAGAUCCGUACACCAGCCUUGACAAGGGGAGUAUCCUUGGAGUGGAAUUUAGCACAGAGCGGUUCAGCGUUGAGGAUGCUGUGCUAGGAUUAGUUCCUGGGGGAGCAGUAUGGACUAUACUUCAACAUAUGUUUUUGAUGACGCUGACGGGUCUCUUACGGAUCAAGUAUGCCGAGAAAGUGGCAGUAUCAGAGAAAAUACUCAUGCCUAAGCCGCCAUCGGUUUCUUUUGAAGCAGCAGCUGGUAUACCAGAGGCGGGUGGCCACACCUACCUAACCGCCUUCCAAGCUCUGUCUCUAGUUGGAGGAAUUGAAACAGGCCAGAAAGUCCUCGUUCACCUCGGCUCCUCCGGAAUCGGACAAGCAGCCAUACAAACCGCCAAACUACUCGGAGCAUCAAAGGUAUACGUGACAGCAAACUCCACUGAGAAGUGUCAGCGCUGCGUCUCAUUAGGUGCAGACAUGGCUAUCAACGACAGAGACCCGACCAAGGACUUUGCGGCGGUUAUCCAUGAAGACACAAAUGGUUACGGCGUGGAUCUGAUCAUUGAUCUCGUGGGACAGAGAUACUGGCACCAAAAUGUGACAGCAGCAGCCCUCGAUGCAAAGAUAGUGAUCGUGGCCAUGAUGAGCGGAGGCGAGGUGGAGAGGUUUGAUUUGCGGGCAUUUCUCAAGAAGAGAAUGCAACUCCUAUGCACGACAUUGCGUCUGCGUGAUCUCGAGUAUAAGGCACAGCUGCGGGAUCAGUUUGUUGAGAAGGUGCUGCCAUAUUUCGAGUCGGGGGAUGUGAAAGUGCUCGUGGACCAGGUGCUGUCGUGGAAUCAGGUGGAUGAGGGACACCGUCGCAUGGAGUCCAAUGUUAGUGCUGGGAAGAUCAUCUGUGUUGUAGAUUGA